GCCCAAGUAAAUGCUCCAACGCUUCAGCGGGCUGUCCAAACAACAUACAUAUCUAUUACCUAUUGAAAUCUAUGUAACCGGUUUGCAUUUGGCAGCAAAAAAGCAUACCCUGUUACGGUGAGACGCUAUCGUGAAGGAAGCUCGAGCUCCCUAUACUAUACCACCUACAUCUUGCAUAUCAAGAACUAUAGUGGCUUGCACAAAAAAAUCCGGACUUUAGGCUUUCCCAACGCCGACAGACAUGCACUGAGUGAAGCUUGCGGCCUUGGCCGCAAAUGGGACCGUUUGUAGCCCCACAAAACAGCUGUGGCGAGCGUUGCUGGCCUUCAGGAUAUGCUUGGUCGAGGCCGCAGUGUGGGGCAGCGGCGCAAGCUCACGGCCGUGGUAGCCGGCGUAGGCCUCAUCGUUUCGCGGAUGUCAAUUCAACGUCUUCGUUUCCUGGCUUAAGCCUAAAGGCAUCGCUGGGCACUAGUGCGGGGUCUUAUUCAGUUUCAAGGGACGAUGGCACAAGAUAUGGCUUGCGGAGGACAGCUUGCUCGGCGCCAUCGCAAUUGGGCGACACAGCACGACCCUUUUCCUUGCUCAUGUCUCUCACGGAGGAGCAACAACGUUUAUCCCAGGCAGCGACAGAAAAGCUGUUGCGGGUGAUCGCUUACUGUGGCGCAGAUUCGCCAGUUGGUUGCCUGUUGAAUGACCACGACCCAUUUGCGCAUGGUGGCAGCAGCAACGUCGCAGGCGGCACCCCGCCACAACCGUGUGAAAGCACAGACCUGGCAGCUGCAGCCGCGCUGCUUCCAGCUGUCGCCUGGCGAUGGUUGCCCGUCGCGGCCCUAGAUGGAUGGGUAGACACGAGCGUGGUGCACCUCUUGCGAGAGGCGCUGCUUGUGCAGAAAGCGGCAAGCGACCCAACCGCCUCUGCUGGCGAACUGGUCGGCUGGUGCUUGGACAGCUGCAGCACCCGGGCGGCAGCGCUGGCAGCCCUCUGGGCGCAAUGUGACCCCCACCCCGACCCCCACCCCAACCAGCAGCCCGUUCCGCAUCCCCAGCAGCAGCCGCUUCCCCAACAGCAGCCGCGAUCUCAGCAGCAGCCCCAACAGCAGCAGCAGCAACCCCAGCAGCCGCAACAGACCCAACAGACCCACCCACCCAGCACGCUGACCCCUCGACUCCGCAGCUUCUACGGCCUGCUAGGCCAACGGCUGGGCUUGCGGCUGGGGCUGGGGCUAGGGCAGCCACCACCCUCAGAUGAACCGCAAACCGCUGCUGCUACCGGGGAAAGCAGUGGCAGCAGGUACCGGGGAAGCGGAAGCAGCGGCGGUGAGGCAGCGGAGGCAAGUCUUGCGUCUCCCGGCGCCCGGUGCGGCGGCACUGCUGCCAGUGUUAUCCGCACCAGCAGCAGCCGCGACGCUGCUGCUCUGCGAGCUGCUGCUUCUAGCGGCGGCGGCGCUGGGGCUAGCUGGUCGGCGGGUAGUUGGGCAGGCGGCGGCCGCAUGCCGGCGCGAGCUGUGGUGCUGUGUGGGUCGGUGACACGUACGGCACCUGUUGCAUCGGUAACGGCUGCUACGUGUACGGCAACGUCGGUGCGAGGAAAAGGGAGAGCCAUGUCAGGCAGGGGCAUGCCAGCGGGGGCUCGGGAGGAGGAGGAGGAUGGCGAGGAGGUGGGGAAGGAGUUUGGCGAAGAUGCUGAUGCCGGCAGCGGCGAUAGCAGCAGCGGCAGCAGACGAAGCGGCAGCAGACGAAGCGGCAGCAGCAGCGACGUCAGCAGCGGUAUCAGCAGCGGUAUCAGCGGCAGCAGCAGUGGCUGCAGUGGUGGGGUUGUCGGGGACGGCAUGGGGGUGGUUGGAUGUGAGGACGGCGCCUCGGCUCCUGCUGGCGACCGCUUCAUGGGGCAGCUGGAAGAGAAGGAGGUGCUGCGGGAUGGCGGUGGUGAUGUCGUUGUCGCCGUCAGCAGCAGCAGCAGCGGCAACAGCGGCAACAGAGGCAGCCGUGGACAUGGAAGUGCCCAGCAGCACGGUGUUCCCGGUAGCAGCAGCAGCCGCAGCAGCCGCAGCAGCAGCAGCAGCGGCAUGGAAGGGGGUGCUGGUCGAGAUGCUGAUGCAGUUGGGGAUCACAGUGGAGCGGAGCGGACCUCUGACGGGGCCGGCGACACAGGGCGGCAGCUGCAAGCUCCUGAAGCCCACGGCGGCAGCAGCAGCGGCGGAAGCAGCGGCAGCACCGCAGCACGGAAACUCUUCGCUCCCGGUGGUGACGACAACGCAACGGGGUCGUACGACAACGCUGAGGUAUUGUACGGCGACGGAGUCAUACCUCCUCCCGCUGCAACAGCCGCCGCCACUGGCCCUCCCACUCGGCCCAUUGCUUCGCUGCUUCAAAGGCCAUCUCGUGCCGUCGUACCGCCGCCGCCUGGUUUGGAGCCGGGCGACCCGUGGGACGGGGAACAGCAAGGGGGGGCGCGGCCGGUAGCAACUGAUUCGUACGGCCGCAUUGCGCCGUCGUACAAUGACGGAAGCGCGCAAUCGUCACUCCUCUCACCGGGCUCCUCGGCCACCGGCUUCGCCAAUGCCGAUGCUCGAGAACAGAAAACUUCGUUCGUACCUGUGCGGUUAGUUGCCACGGGACGUUUUCCGUUGCGGGAUCUGUCAGGGCAGUUGCUAAAGGACGGGCUGGCGGUUCCGGACACUGGGCCCAUCGUCAUCAGCAAUGACCCACGGGUCUUUCCCAGCUCGGAAGCCGUAUUGUACGAUUACGUAACGCGCGCGGAGGAUAAACUCGCGAUGCGGCUCGAGUACAUUGUGGAUCGUUCGUCGUCGUACGGGGACGUGACGUUACAAUUGUUCAACAUCAGUCGUGUACGGCGCAAACGUACAGACAACUGCAGGAUGUUUGUCAACGGGCAGCCCGUACAAAUCGGUGACCCGGGGGUCGCACUGGUUCCGGGCGACGAGGUGUGGUUCGGGAACCGCGCCUUUGCUUUCAAGGUGGAGGUGCUCUCGGGCCCGCCGCCUGCCGUACAGGUGGCGUUACAGCGACUGUGUUCGUAUGACAAUAGCAAUACGUUAACAGCUCAGCAACGGGAGCGCAAUCUCAGUGGCAGCAACAGCGAUGGCGGCCGCACUGAGGUCAAUGGUAAUGCCACAGCGGCGACGCAGCCGACUGAUCGGGACUCCGACGUGAAUGCGGCCGCUGCAGACGGCGCCUCCAAUGGCGCUAGUGUCGAGCACGACAAGUUGGCUGGCAGCAGCAGCAGCAGUAGCAGUAGCAAUGGUGGCAGGGAUGAGCUCGAUAUGGGGGACCUCUCAAACCUUGCGCGGCGGGACCCUCGUCGCGCAGAGCAGUUGCUACGGCGGUUAGCGACCGUUAGGCCGUUCGAUGCCGCCAUCUGGCUGAUCUGGGCGCAAGCGUCAGCACGCCAGGGAGGGCCAGGAAGUCAGGCGAAGGCGCGAAUGCUCUUUCGUGCAGCGGUGGCGGCGGCGCGACAAAUGGAAGUUAUACCGCCGCCGCCACCGGCGCUACAAGACUCAGUGCGACGAACCGUCGGGCGAAGCAACUUCCGACGGCGAAGCCGUCGACAAAGCGGCGACGGCGCCGACGACGACUCGGAUCUCGAUGACGACGUUCGCGACAUGUACGAAGUCAAUGACGGCGGCGCUGCGUCGUACACUGGCAGCGGCGGCAGCCGUCGUCCGUCGUCAAUGACGUCAUCGCUGUCGCGUCGUCGCCACAAUUGGCUGCUCGUACAGGCGUUGGGCAACUGGGCCAAGCACGAGUGGCGGUUGAAAAUGUACGGCAGCGCGCGUCACUUGUUCCGAGCCGCCGUCGACGAGGCGGCGCUUCAUCCGUACGGCAUUGCCGGCGGCGGCGGCGCCGCCAUCAUGCACUACUGGGCCUCUCGCGAGUUGGAUUCCCAGAACAUUCGCAACGCUCGCAUCGUGGUUUCGGAGGCGCUUCGGAAGUGCCCUGCUGACGUGGCUCUCUACGUGCUUGCUGCCAGUGUGGAGCUCGAGGGAGGGAACCUGGACCUGGCUCGCACCUACUGCUCCCGCGCCUACUCGCUGGACCGAACCGACAAGCAGCUCUUCCUGGUGUGGCCGCGCGUGGAGGCGGGGCUGGGGGACCGCCUGCGGGCGCGGCUGCUGUACGAGCGGGCACUGGACAUGCACCCGCUCAACACCAAGAUCAUGAACCUCUACGCCCGCUUCGAGGCGGAGGAGGGCGCCUACCGCGAGGCCGCUGAGCUGUACGACAGAGCACUCUCCGUGGACCCUCUGUCGCCCGUGAUGGGGGUGCACAACCGCGCGGAUUGGGCGUCCAUGGAGGCGGACCUGGGGCACACGGGGCUGGCUCGGCAGCUGCUGGAGGGCGGGCUGGCGGCACACCCGCGCUCGCCGCAGCUGCUGGUGACGCUGGCAAAGGUGGAGCGCCUGGAAGGCCGCUACACCGCCGCCCUCGACCUCGUCCGUGCCGCUCAAUCCCUGGCAGGUCCCUUCAACGUACCCGUCAUCAUGGAGCGCUCCCUGGUGCUGCGCGCGCUGGGGGAACGCGAGCUCGCCGCCAACCUCAGCCGUCACGUGGGUGCCGUACGCGAUCUGGGUCGCAUGAAGCAACAAGGCUAUUGGGGCAGUGAGGCCUGGCGGGCGUUCAUUGAGGCGACCCGAAGUUCGGAGCAGCGUGAGGUGGUGGCGGCGGCCAAGGCCAGGAAGCGGGAGUUGGGUUGGGAGCCGGAGCAGAGGGGCGGGAAGCCGCAGCCGAAGGGUGAGGUGGGUGAGGGACGCCGGCCCACAGCGCCUGAAGUGCAGCGGUGGAUGCAGCUGCAGCAGCUGCAGCGGCGGCGGGAGGAGGCGCGGCGGGUGGCGGCGAUGAGG